UACCUGCUGCCCUGUGCUAGCGGAAGCAGCGGGGAGAGGUGGUCGCCGCGGAGCCAGGCAGGGCAGGAGGCGGAGGCUGCUGGACUGUGGCAAUAGGAACCAGCCAGCCCCCGCCGGGCCGGCCCCAAACAAAGCCGGAUCCCGGGAGGGAGGCAGCACGAAUCCCCGCAGCCGCGCUGGACCAGGGGUCCCGGGGGGCACCAGGCCCGGGCGGCUGCAGCCGCUGCCGAGCCGGUAGGAGGAGCCGGGGCUGCGAGGGAGGCGCCGCUCCGGGUCGGCCACACGGCGAUCCGGAGCAAGGUGCAGAGGGAGCCGGGCCCAGCCGGGGGCCCGGCCAGCUCCGCCCCGGGAAUCCCGGUGCCACAGCAGCAGAGUCCCCGUCUCCAGCAGAGCAGGUGCAGCGGGCGGAAAGAGCCGUGGCGCAGAGAUCCCGGGCUGGCUGCCGCCUGCCGGGGGAAGGGAGCUGGGCACCGGGGUAGGGAUGAUCUGUGCCCGGGGAGGUCCCGGCCCCUGAUGCUGCUCUGAAGCCUGAUGACAGCGCAGCCCGUUCCCUCCCGGUCUCAGGGGCCCCGCGGCUGCUUCGGCUCUGUCUCCCCAUAUCGUUAGUGGUCGGGCUCAGAUCCCUCCGAAUCCGGUGUGACCCACGCGGUGAUCCGGAUCCGAUCUGGAUAUAGACCCUCCUUCUCGGUGAGCCGGAUUGCACGGUACCCGGUUCCGUUGCGGAUUGCACACCUCUUUCCCGUCCCGGGAAUCGUGCUCCAGCCGGACUGCAGCCUUGAUUGACUCUGUAAUUGACUCGUAAUUGCGUCGAAUUUUGAAGCCGCUACGAGAAUUGGAGAUUAUCUACCUGCUUCUAUUUGGAUUGCACUUAGUUUCCUUGCGCCGCUCGAGGUUGCGCAGCAGCGCUGCACUGACCCGAUUGCACAACAUCAGCACCGACAAAGCUCCAGGUUGCACGUUAGUUACUUGCAGGAAUUGGGAUUGCACAGCAGCCUUUGCACAGGUCCAUAUUGCACAUUACUUACCUGCACCAAUCCGGGUUGCUCGGUAGCCUUGGGCUAAUCCAGACUGCACAAAAACCUUUACACUAAUUAGAUUUACACAGCAGAUCCCAGCAUUCAUUGCACCUGCACUGAUCUGGAUUGCACACUAUUCACUUGCACCAAUUCAAAUAGCACAUUAUUUACCUGCACAGAUCCAGAUUGCACAGCAGUUUCUGCAGGUGUCUGUGUGUGUUUGCUCACGGCCAAAACUGGUGAAAGAUGUUGCCAGGGUCUAUCCAGAUCUCUGGGGAGACUUUAUCAAGUGCUGAGAUCCGGGACAUUUGCGAGAGCCUGCGGGAGAACUCGGUGCGACUGCUGUCACUCCGGGGCUGCCAGCUUUCUGACCGGGAUUUCGGGCGCAUUUGCCGAGGGGUAGCGGAAUCUCACUCCUUGGCUCAGCUCAACCUCAACCUGGGGAUUGUGUCCAACAUCAACCGGGUCAAGCAACUGGCGGAAGCCCUGAAGACAAACCGCUCUGUCCAGUCUCUGUUCCUCCAUGGGAGCCCCCUGACAGACGCCGGCCUAGCUCUCCUCAAUCCAGCGCUCUCCAUCCAUCCCUCUCUGGUGGCUUUGGACUUGGGAGACUGCAUGCUGGGUGACGAGGGCAUCAACUUGAUCUGUGGGCUCCUGCCUCCCGAUGGAGCCAAGUCAGGCCUUAAGGAAUUAACACUGAGCGCAAACCCGGGUGUCACGGCCAAAGGUUGGGGCCGGCUGGCCAUUGCAGUAGCUCACAGCUCCCAGGUGCGAGUGUUGAACCUGGACUACAACCCCCUCGGGGACCAGGUAGCAGGGAUGCUGGCUGUUGCUGUGGCCUCCAGUCGCACCCUGGAGGUUCUGGACUUGGAAGGAACAGGACUUACCAACCAUUCGGCCCAGACCUUGCUGGACAUGGUGGAGAAUUACCCGACAGCCCUGCGGACACUGAUCCUGGCAGAGAACAGCAUCAGUCCCGAGCUGCAGCAGCAGAUCUCGGACCUGCUCUCCGAGGGUGAGGAAGAGGAGGAGAAUGAGGCUCAUGAAGUCACGGCCAGGGAGAAGAACCCCUGGAUCUGCCAGAGCAAUCCCAGCUCCCAGAUGGUCUUGGUGACGUCAGGUCUGGGCGAGAGCCUCUUAGCAGAAACAGAGAUGUGACUAGGAUACUCCUGCGGCGUCUGCUGAGACAAGCACUGUUUGCCUGUAUGGGUGGGCCAUGUGCAAUGCGUGCAUGGAGUGUGUGUGUGUGUGUUCACACCACACAUGCUCGGUGAAUGUCUGUGCUGUGUGUGUGCAUACCCUGCUGUGCCCAUGCCCACAUGCCUCCAGCAAGCCUGCCCCAAUUGUGCGUUCACAUCGAUGCCAUCUUUGGGCUCUGAGUUUUGGAUCCUGGCCUGAGUGAAUCUACAUGAGUGUCUGUGUCACAUGCUUUGUCAGCUGCUUGUGCUUAUCCACUUACUGCCUGUUUAGAUCACAUGCCUUCCCUCUCCUGGCUGUACAUUCCUGACCCACGUGCUGGAGGUUGUAUUUAUUCAGAGGUAUAUAUUUGUGUAUAACAGAUGUUCUUUCUAUUGCUUGUACCGGUGUCUUGAAGAGAGUUUUAUAAAGGUCACAGACAUGGCACA